AUGGUCAGCACCAGAACGGGAGGGGGCCACGAUGAGAUUGGCCCAAGGAAGGGGCCGGGAGGAGCAGCUGGCUGCAGCAAUCUGAUCUGGAGACAAAGGAAUGCCCCGUCGGUUCUAGGAUCCCAGGUUGGCAGCUCCGGCGUGUUCGAGCUGAAACUGCAGGAGUUUGUCAACAAGAAAGGGCUGCUGGGCAACCGCAGCUGCUGCCGGGGAGGCCUCGGGGCGGCCCAGCCUGGCGGCCCGGCGUCCAGCUCGCUGCAGCAGUGCGACUGCAAGACCUUCUUCCGCGUGUGCCUCAAGCACUACCAGAGCAGCGUCUCCCCAGAGCCGCCUUGCACCUAUGGCAGCGCCGUCACCCCCGUGCUGGGAGCCAACUCCUUCAGCGUGCCUGACAGCACCGCCGGCGGGGACCCCUCCUUCAGCAACCCCAUCCGCUUUCCCUUCGGUUUCACCUGGCCGGGCACUUUCUCCCUCAUCGUUGAAGCGCUGCACACGGACUCUCCCGAUGACCUCAACACAGAGAAUCCAGAGCGCCUCAUUAGCCGCCUGGCCACCCAGAGACAUUUGACCGUCGGGGAAGAAUGGUCCCAGGACCUGCACAGCAGCGGCCGCACGGACCUCAAGUAUUCCUACCGUUUUGUGUGCGACGAGCACUACUAUGGGGAAGGCUGCUCCGUCUUCUGUCGCCCCAGAGAUGACGCUUUUGGUCACUUCACUUGCGGAGAACGUGGGGAGAAAGUCUGCAACCCCGGCUGGAAGGGACAGUACUGCACUGACCCAAUUUGCUUGCCUGGGUGUGACGAGCAGCAUGGAUAUUGUGACAAGCCUGGGGAAUGCAAGUGCAGAGUUGGCUGGCAAGGGCGUUACUGUGAUGAAUGCAUCCGGUACCCAGGUUGCCUCCAUGGCACCUGUCAACAGCCUUGGCAAUGCAACUGUCAGGAAGGCUGGGGUGGCCUUUUCUGUAACCAGGAUCUCAACUACUGUACUCACCACAAGCCUUGCAAGAACGGUGCCACUUGUACCAACACCGGCCAAGGGAGCUACACCUGUUCUUGCCGCCUUGGCUACACCGGUUCCAACUGUGAGAUUGAAAUCAACGAAUGUGACGCCAAUCCCUGCAAGAAUGGAGGGAGCUGUACUGAUCUAGAAAACAGCUAUUCUUGCACUUGCCCACCUGGAUUCUAUGGGAAGAAUUGUGAGCUGGGGGCCAUGACCUGUGCAGACGGCCCUUGCUUCAAUGGAGGCCGGUGCACAGACAACCCAGAAGGUGGCUACAGCUGCCACUGCCCAGUCGGCUACUCUGGAUUUAACUGCGAAAAGAAAAUUGACUAUUGCAGUUCUACUCCCUGUGCUAAUGGAGCCCAGUGUGUUGACCUUGGGAACUCUUACAUAUGCCAGUGUCAAGCUGGAUUCACUGGAAGGCACUGUGACGAUAACGUGGACGACUGCGCUUCCUUUCCUUGCUUGAACGGCGGGACUUGCCAAGAUGGGAUCAAUGACUAUUCGUGCACUUGCCCCCCGGGAUACAGCGGAAAGAACUGCAGCACUCCAGUCAGCAAAUGUGAGCAUGGCCCUUGUCACAACGGAGCCACGUGCCACGAGAGGAACAACCGCUAUGUUUGUGAGUGCGCUCGAGGAUACGGUGGCCACAACUGCCAGUUUUUGCUCCCGGAACCACCUCCGGGGCCAGUCAUUGUUGACAUCACUGAGAAGUAUACCGAAGGCCAGAGUUCCCAGUUUCCUUGGAUUGCAGUGUGUGCUGGGAUUCUGCUGGUCCUGAUGGUCUUGCUGGGCUGCGCAGCCGUUGUCGUCUGCUUCAGACUCAAAAUACAGAAGAGGCAGCAUCCAUCUGACGUGGGCAGAAGCGAAGCGGAGACCAUGAACAAUCUGGCCAACUGCCAGCGGGAGAAGGACAUUUCCAUAAGCGUCAUUGGUGCUACCCAGAUUAAGAACACCAAUAAGAAAGUAGAUUUUCACAGCGAUCACGCCGACAAAAAUGGCUACAAAGCCAGAUACCCAUCAGUGGAUUACAAUUUGGUGCACGAACUCAAGAACGAGGACUCUGCGAAAGAAGAGCGUGGCAAAGGCGAGGCUAAGUGUGAAACAUACGAUUCAGAUGCAGAGGAGAAAAGCACAGUACAGUUAAAGAGUGAAACCUCUGAAAGGAAACGACCAGAAUCUGUAUAUUCCACUUCGAAAGAUACAAAGUACCAGUCGGUGUAUGUCAUAUCAGAAGAGAAAGAUGAAUGCAUCAUAGCAACAGAGGUUGGUAUUACCUAGCGAGCUGA